CAUUAACUGACCAAGGCUUGCAAGCUGUUAACCCCAGUACCACAAAAUAAAAAGCUGCAAACUUGAACAGUGAAAGAAGGCAGAAUGCUUGCCUAGAAGUGCUGCAUGCCCAUUUGUGUCGCACUGCUUGUAAGUGUGCAUAGGUGCAGGUGUUUAGCUUGUUUUGUCCUUCCCUUGCAGUGUAGAAUGAGGAGGAAAGAAGAGAAGAUUUGAGUUAGAGUCUGCUACGCAGGACCAGAUCCUCUGCUGAGCACACAGGUCCCUGGUGUCGUCCUGAGUGGCUGCCAGCAGCAUCAUGAAGGCUCUUCUCCUCAUCCUGCUGGCUGAAGUCUGUCUCGCCUCCCUUGUCCCAGAGAAGGAGAAGAAUCCACAGUACUGGAGGAAUCAGGCUCAGCAGACACUGAAAACUGCCCUGAAGCUGCAGCAGCUCAACACCAAUGUGGCCAAGAACAUCAUCUUAUUUCUUGGAGAUGGCAUGGGAGUCUCCACAGUCACAGCAGCUCGUAUCCUGAAGGGACAGCUGCAGAACAUGAAGGGGGAAGAAUCCCUGCUGGAAAUGGACAAAUUUCCUUAUGUGGCUCUGUCCAAGACCUACAACACCAACGCCCAGGUGCCAGACAGCGCAGGCACUGCCACCGCGUAUCUCUGCGGGGUGAAGGCCAACGAAGGGACAGUGGGUGUGAGCGCAGCCGUGACCCGUGCUCAGUGCAAUACCACCGCGGGCAAUGAGGUCACGUCGAUUCUCAAGUGGGCGAAGGAAGCAGGCAAGUCUGUGGGCAUCGUAACCACCACACGGGUAAACCACGCCACUCCCAGUGCUGCCUAUGCCCACUCUGCUAACAGGGACUGGUAUUCUGAUAACGAAAUGCCCCCGGAGGCCAUCCAGCAGGGCUGCAAAGAUAUCGCCCAACAGCUCUUUGACAACAUCCCAGACAUUGAGGUGAUCAUGGGAGGUGGCCGGAAAUACAUGUUCCCAAAGAACACCAGCGAUGUGGAAUACCAGAAUGAUGACAAGUACAGUGGCACUCGUCUGGAUGGCAAAAACCUCAUAGAUGUCUGGAGAGAUAAGAAACCUAAGGACAAGAAUUCCCGGUAUGUCUGGAAUAGCAUUGACCUGUUGUCCCUUAACCCGAUGGAAGUGGACUUCCUCUUAGGCCUCUUCGAGCCAAUAGAUAUGAUGUAUGAGCUAGACAGGAAUGUCCAGACAGACCCUUCCCUGACGGAGAUGGUGCAGGUGGCCAUCAGAAUCCUCCAGAGAAAUCCCCGAGGAUUCUUCCUGCUGGUGGAAGGGGGCAGGAUCGACCAUGGUCACCAUGAGGGGAAAGCCAAGCAAGCGCUGCACGAGGCAGUGGAGAUGGACAGAGCCAUAGGCAAGGCUGGUGACAUGACCUCACUGGAGGACACACUGACCGUAGUCACUGCUGACCACUCCCAUGUCUUCACCUUUGGUGGAUACACACCCCGCGGCAAUCCCAUUUUCGGUCUAGCGCCGAUGCACAGCGAUGUGGAUAAAAUGCCCUUCACCUCCAUCCUGUACGGAAAUGGCCCCGGCUACAAAAUUGUAGCUGGAGAGAGGGAGAAUGUGUCCGCCGUGAAUUAUGCUCAUGCCAACUACCAGGCCCAGUCGGCUGUGCCCCUGCGCCAGGAGACCCACGGGGGUGAGGACGUGGCGAUAUUUGCCAAGGGCCCAAUGGCCCACCUCCUGCAUGGAGUCCAUGAGCAGAACUACAUUCCACACGUCAUGGCCUAUGCCGCCUGCAUUGGCCAGAACACAAACCACUGCAGCUCCGGAGCCCAGCACAGCACAGUGGGGCCUCUGCCCUUCCUCUCCACCCUUACCUCCGUCGUCCUCCUCAAAUUCUUGUUUUAAGGUCUCGCCCUCAAUCAGCUCACUUCCUUCAGUCACAGACCAGGGCUCUCCAGCUAUCUCAAAUAGAGAUCCUGACCCCAUUCAAAGACAGAUCUUGAAACCUGUCUCACCAUAUGAUACAGGGUCUUCAGGUUUUAACCAUGUUGGACAUAAUACCAAGGCUUCCUAUGUCUCUGGUCAAUGGACCCACCUUGUCCCUGAACCAGGGUAGCUGGCCUAUGGCCAUGAACCACUGUUCAAGAUCAUUAGGGGUGGGGAACUGAGUGAGCGGCUCAGUUGCUGUUGAUGCUGCUGAACGUCCCUGGUGUGGAUGCCCUGGAUUCCAAGUUGGCUUCAAGAUCUGGAAAUGUUGGGCUGUUUUUAUAGCAAUAGCCUGGACUGGUUCUGUGAACCCAAAGACAGAGACACAGGUUCAGGCUGGGGCAGACUCUCUUGGACCCAGAUGUUUCAUAUCUCAUAAUGUUUUCUUUUGUUUUAAGCUCCUCUAGCCUCACUCAAGCAAUUUUU